UAUGACGUAACUGCGCAGUUGGCUAGAGAUGGCGGCACACGAGAAAGAAGAUACAGCUGUGUGUCUGUCAACUGCCGACGCGGAUCCACCAAUUCCUUACUACGUGGCGGAGCUCCUGAAAGAAGAGGUGGGUGAAGAUGUGAAGGACCUGAAGAAGGUGCGAGGGCUGCUGGAUAAAGCAAUGCAGGAGAAAGCUGCCCUGGAAAAGCAGGUGAUCAGUGUCUCAUCAUCUGUACCAUUGAAGAUGGAAAAGGCUCUUUCUGAAGCUGAUAGAGCACAGCAAACUCUGGGGAAUAUUGUGGAGCAGGAAAGGUGCUUGGCAAACUGCAUUGUGCAGCACUUGCAGAUCUCACAGCCUUGGAUGGACCAGCUUAGCCUUUUGAUGGGUCAGAUUGAAGAGACUGAGCGCUGCCUUGCUUACCUCCGCUGGAUAUCGCGUGUUGAAGAACUUAGUGAUACAAUUCAGCAACACAUGAUGACCAGCAACAUCUCAGAGGCAGCAAGUGGUUUGGUGGCCCUUGCAGAGCUUGACAUUCGUUUGCAGGAAUCUAGCUGCACCCAUCUUGUGUCCUUCAUUAGAGAUACAGUCCGUUUCUGGCACAAGAUCCUCAAGGACAAGUUGAGCAGUGACUUUGAGGAAGUUCUGAAGCAGAUGCACUGGCCUUUUGUCUCCAUGACACAGACAUCGUUGACUACCCCAGCAAAUAUGAUGGAGCUCACAACCCAGCUGGAGGCACUAUGCACUCAGCUUCUCAAACUGCAGACAUCAGAUGACUUGAUUUCAGAACAGAGGUUAUUCCCAGAGAGGUAUGGUUUACCACCAUCUGCACCUAUCAGCCUACCAAUUCAGAUUAUGCUGCAGCCACUAAUUAAGCGUUUCCGCUACCAUUUUUUUGGCUCUCGGCAGACUAAUGUCCUUCACAAGCCUGAGUGGUACCUGACACAGGUGCUCAUGUGGAUCACAAACCACUCUCAGUUCCUAGAAGAGAGAGUGCAACCCCUUUUGGAUAAAGUUGGUGCAGCAGUUGAUGCCCGGCUUGAGUUCUCACGGGGACUGCUGGACUUGGUACUAGAGAAAUUGGCCCAGGAUGUUCCCCGACUACUUUAUGAUGAUGCACUGUUUUGCCACUUAGUGGACGAAGUGCUUCUUUUUGAGAAAGAACUGCAUGGAACGCAUGCCUAUCCCAGCACCCUCCCUGGCACGCUGCAUAUCUUGGCUGAUGAGACUAUCUUUCAGAAGUGGGUCUCUGUUGAGCGGAAGUUUGCGCUUGAGAAGAUGGAUUCCAUGCUGUCGUCUGAAGUAGCGUGGGUAUCUCAAUAUAAGGAUAUCAGUGAUGUUGAUGAACUGAAGGCACCUGACUGUGCGGAGACCUUCAUGACUAUGUUGCUCGUCAUAACAGAUCGUUACAAGGCACUGCCAACUGCUCGCUGUAAGCUCUGCUUCUUGGAACUGCAGAAAGAACUGGUGGAUGAUUUUCGUAUUCGGCUCACACAGGUUAUGAAGGAGGAGAGCCGCAAUCCCCUGUCUCCACGCUACUGUGCUAUCCUUAAUGCAGUCAACUACAUUGCUACUGUAUUGUCUGACUGGGCUGAUAAUGUGUUCUUCCUACAGUUGCAGCGGAUGUCACUAGAGCUAGGCAGUGAGUUGGCCUCUUUGAGUGCUCUGCAAACAGGUAGGCUAGCAUCGAUGGAGGGCUCAGUCUUUGAUGAAAUGAUAAGCCUGUUAGAGCGGCUCCGCAGUGACAUGAUGGGAAGACUUGUGGAGUUUGUCCUACGGGAAACCAAGGAGGCUGCCAGGCCUUACUGCAAGGAAAGGUGGUUGUCUUUACCUUCUCAAUCAGAGCAGGCUGUUAUGUCACUGUCCAGCUCUGCUUGUCCCAUGAUGCUGUGUCUACGGGAUCACAUGUUGCAGCUGCAGCAGUCACUCUGCAUCACUCUUUUUAAGACCUUCUGGCAGGCACUAGCAGAAAAGCUGGAUAUGUUCAUCUACCAAGAGGUAAUCCUGGCCAAUCACUUUAAUGAUGGUGGAGCUGCUCAGCUACACUUUGACAUGACAAGGAACCUGUUUCCUCUCUUUGGUCACCAUUGCAAAAGACCUGAAAACUACUUCAAGCAAAUAAAGGAGGCUUGCAUUAUUUUGACACUCAAUGUGGGAUCAGCUCUGCUUCUACGUGAUCUUCUCAGGCAGGACAGGGGAGUGCAAGUUGCAGCUUUACCCAGUGAACCGUCCCCCGAGGCUGCACUUAAUGAGUUGGGCAUUUAUCGGCUGGCAGCUAGUGACAUUACAAUCCUGCUCAAUCUUCGGACUAACUGGCCAGGAAAAUAAGUGCACUUGAACAGUUCAGGUUUGUGGUUGCUGUGUUCCUGUAGAGGUGCACUGUUUAAUGCUGGACUAGACAUAAAGACAAUGAGGCACUCUAAAGUGUCAUCCAGAAGAAUGGACUGAACCAAUAUAAAGCCAAGUGACAGGUAUGAGCAGGACAUACAAAAAAUCAGGCUUUGUACCUUUUUCAAAAGGAGGAAAGAGGGGACACCAUCUUUAAAAGACUAAAAAAGCUAAUAUUUGUUUCUGAUGUAAUAAAGAGUCAGAGAAAUAGUUUCCAGUGUUUCUAGUAAGGGCUCUUUUAAUUCAAACCAGUUAUUUGUCCUGGGAAGUAAAAUCUUGGAAAUAUUUUAGAUGCUAGUGCAUGUGGCACUAAAAUUUUGAACAAAGUGGUGUUUAGCACAGGUAGCUUAAAUGGUUAUACAGUGAGUUCUGUAUGAAGUAAGGUUUAUAACUAACUGGUAUUAAUUCUCCUAGGUGCACAUUCAUAAAUACUUUCUCCUUAAAAUCACACAACUUUAAAACCAAAAGCAUGCUGAAGAUGGGGUUUUUCUUGUUCAGUUGUUCAUAUUCAGUAGACUGUUAAUUAGUUUAUUUGAACAGUGGAUGGUUGCAUUGCAGAGUACAGCCAGCUUGGAGGCUUUCUGCUGUGAAUCUGCUUCUUUUAUCUGUGCUGUCACCAUUGUCUCCAUCAGUGUAUUCUAGUCUUGGAUCACUCUCACACGUCACACACCUGCCAUCAGACAAGCUCAUAUCCAACUUGUGUUUCUAAAAGAUGUCUGGGAGGCGUCUGAGCCUCACAAAUUGUCCCCUCGUUAGCGAGGGUUUGGUAAUCUCUGUCUGCCCUGCCCUGAAGCUAUUAGGCUGCUGAAUGACAGACCCCUCCAGACACAAUAACAGCACCCAGCUGCAGACAAGCCCAGCCGGCUGGACUCCGUGCUGAGCCCAGCGUUCUCAGGCUUGUGUUUCUGGACAUUUUGCUCGUCAUUGUACUGUUGUGGAAUGGUGGUUUAUAAUUAAGUUUAUGGACAGAAGUCAUCUUAUCACUAGUGGUGAGAACAGUGAGGUGUGUGAUAAAUUGAGCUAUAUCCUGGUGCUUAAUUCUCUGUAGUAGUUAUUUAAGUAGCAAGAUUCAUAAUAAAUGAUAGCACUAUACAGUUUUUAUAUUGGUUUUUGAUUAAAUGUGCAAUGGAUUGCACUACAUAAAUAUACUCUCACAAUUUCAUGAGCAUAGAUAAUGGAAGUACCAUGUGUCCGUGACCACUGCAGUCCAUGGGUAAAAAGCAUAAUGCAUAAGGAAAUAUUAUAUUUACUUCUUUGAUUAUUACUCCAUUAAUACAGUGGUAUGGAAUACAUAAUGAAAGACAGAGCAGAAUGGUGGUGGUGUCUCAACUAUUGGUUUCUGAGGUUGAAUCCUAUCCCAUAAUCGUGGAGGUUUCACAUUCUCCUUUCGUCUGCCUAGGUGUUUCUUUUCGUACCUUCAAAAAUGUUAGGUUAACUGGUAACUCUAAAUUGGUUUAGUGUUUGGGAUUCAGUCUCUUUAUUUUAAUUAAUUCACAGAUAGAUGGAUGAGAAAAGGCCCUUCAUGCUGUUCAAAAUCCUGAGUUUUAUUAUGAAAGCCUAAGUGUGUGACCUAUAUUGUGAAAAGUAUUGUGCUGAUGUGCUGCCUACUGCUCAGUAGAUGGUUUUAAAAGGCACCAUAUUAUUGAAUUCACUUUUGUUCAGAUCAUCUGCAUGCCCUACUGGAUCCAUUUGUUUUAUUGUGCACCAUAUUUGUAAUGCAAAAAUACUUUAUAAUAAGUGUAUUUUGCGAUACCAAAAGAAGAACUUGAGCAAAUAGUAGCCAAAUAUAGUGUAGAACUUGAAAUAUUAAAUAUUACAUGAUCAAAUAAGAGCUUGCAUGUUGCAACAUCACUGUGUAAUAUGAUUACAAAAUGUUGAAAUUAAUAUUUUAUAAUCUGACAUUUUUGGAAGACGCUUUUUUUUUUUUUUUUUUUUGGGAGUUCACUAUGCAAACAAGCAAUCAACAGCUGGAGGAUGUAGAUUUGUAAUUGUCGACUGCCAGUAUUGGAACACGAUAACAUAUUCACUGUACAGUGAGUUGUUAAAUAAUGGCACUAUACAAGAUUGACUGCAUAAUUACUUCUAUGUACCUGAUAUCAAAAUAUCUACUGAUUGUACUUAAAUAUAGUACCUAAUAGCUAAUUUCAAACUCACUUCCCAGAGUUUACCUGACAUUUUUUUUUUUUACUUCUAAAUUUAUUAUUUUAACAGUUUCAAUGGAUGCGUUUCAGUUUAACGAUAUUUGAUCUUAAAAUUCACAGUCAUGAAAUAUUAAAAUGCAGCAUUGCUGGCUAUGUUAAAAAAUUGUAUUAAUGGUUUGUCUAAUUUUGUUUUGAGAAGCAUAAAUAACAUUCCACAGUAUCUUCCAUGCUAAUAAAACAAACUUAAUUUUA